CCACUGCCCUGGGGAGCCUGUUCAGUGCCCGACCACCCUCUGGGUGAAGAACCUUUUUCUAAUAUCCAGUUCUGCAGACAUCCUCGCACAUGUUUUUCACCAAACUUUUCAGUGCUGGGAUUUGGGUGCUGAGCUCUUCAGGCCCGCAGGAGGCACGGUGCUCCCUCAGAAGCUCGGGGGAGCACUAGCGUGGGAGAUCCGGGAGGAGGUGUCUGGAGGGUGACAGGUUGUGCUGUUGAUAGGCAGUGCCUGACGUGUGUGGCCUGGGCGUGUGCUCAUCAAACACGUCCCAGAGAGCGGGCCGGGAGGCGAAUGGAGCUUUAUUGGGGCGGGGAAGAGUGACUGGAGGGGGAGCGCAUCUGGGAAUUGAAAUUGGUCAAAAUUCCCACCAUAAAUUGGAAUCUUACUGUGGUGAAAUUGCAUAGUACUUCAGUAUGCUCUGACAGGAGCUCGCUUGGUGUCCUGUGUUUUACUUACACCGUGGUGAGAUCUCAAUAGCUGUAAAUUUUGUUCUGGGUGGGUUUAAGCCCAAGUGCUGCUACGGGUACCUGCAGGGCAAAGUGCUGCUUCUCUGUGAUGUCUCUCGUCUGGAGUUUAUAACACAGUUACUAUCAGAUUGCUCUGUGUUUUAGUUUAGGUGGAUGUUCUGCAGUUCACUUGCCCUUGCACACCUAUAUCUGUAGAGGUCUUAAAAGGGCAUGACACAAGUGGUUUGCUUUACAAACAGUGAACUCUGCAAAGAGGCAUUUUGGGGGAAGUGAAAUGUAGAGGCAUCUAGGGGAGUAAGUGGAUAAAGACUUAAAGACUUGGAGGGCAUGGUGUAAAUCCUUAGGCAGACUUUUGGGGAAAAAUACUUGAGUUUGAAGGAAAUACUAACUUUAAGUUGGAGUUGGAGACAUUUGAGCAAGUCACUUCAGUAAUACAUCCUAAAGCUGAGUGUUUUGUGCAGAUAGGGAAGUCUCUAAAUUGGUUUUCACUGACACAGAUUCCUUGGCUUACCAGUUUCAGAAUGCUGUGGGAGUUCUUUUGAUCUGCCAAUCAGGGACUCUACAAGUGAAUGAGAACUUCUCCCUACAGAACUGAGGUGAAAAACUUCACCAUGGGUCAACAGAUUUCAAACCACACACAAACUGUAAUUAACAAGUUGCCAGAAAAAGUAGCAAAGCAUGCCUCUUUGGUUCAAGAAAGUGGUUUCCUAACCUAUGAAGAGUUUCUGGGAAGAGUAGCUGAACUCAAUGAUAUUACCGCAAAAUUGGCUUCUGGACAAGACAAACAUCUGUUAUUUGAAGUGCAACCUGGGUCUGAUUCUUCUGCUUUCUGGAAGGUGAUCGUUAGGAUAAUAUGUACCAAAAUAAAUAAAACAAGUGGCAUCGUGGAAGCUUCCAGAAUCUUGAACUUGUAUCAGUUCACUCAACUUUAUAAAGACAUCACCAGUCAAGCAGCAGGAGUUCUUGCACAGAGUGAUACUUCUGAAGAAGCUGCUGAGAGUUUGAUGUCUCUGUCAUCGUGUCAGGCCAGCUUGUGGAUGGGAAGGGUUAAACAGCUGACAGAUGAAGAGGAAUGUUGCAUCUGCAUGGAUGGGCGUGCUGAUCUAAUCCUGCCGUGUGCUCACAGUUUCUGCCAGAAAUGCAUUGAUAAAUGGAGUGACCGCCACAGAAACUGUCCUGUGUGCCGCCGGCAGGUGACCGGGGCAGGAGAUUCCUGGGUGGUGUCAGAGGCCCCCACAGAAGAUGACAUUGCCACUUACAUCCUUAACAUGGUGGAUGAGGCGGGGCAGCCCCACAGACCCUGACCCUGCCCACCAGGCUGAUCAUGGCAGAACCACUUGAAGCUUUGGUUUUCCCGACCAUCUGGUUUUACCUCUCCUUGCUGUUCUUCCACAGUCUGUCCUUUCCUUCUCCUCUUGGCUGCCGUGAGUCUGCGCUGCUCUUCUAAAGCACAGGGUAUCUGAGCAAGUCUCUGUGUGUGCAGUCUUCGUUAUUAAACUGUUCUUUCAGCAAACUCUUGGAUCAUUAACAAAGUUUACUUCAACAACAGCGUUUGAUAUUAACAGUUCAACUACUCGAUGAAGCAAUUUAUAACAGCACAACUACAACUGCAAACUGCUGUUUGAGCAUCACAGUGUACUGCAACAGAGAUGAACCGUGGCAGAUGGCUUGACCUCACAGUUCCUACCCUUAAAAGCAGUCUCUUAUUCACAACUAAUGUGAAUAAAGAUGAUGAGUUAGCACUAGUGGUUAUUAAUUUGAAAUUUUGCUGUUGAAACGUGAAGAUGUCCCACUGCCUGUUCUUCAGUAGGAAGUUAUUGCUGCUCUUAGUGUUUACAGAUACUUAAUCUGAUCUGUUAUGACUUUUAGUAUUAAUUAUUUUAAAUCUGUUUUGGAGAGUGUAGGCAGGUCUGUAAAUGUACUUGUGCACUUCCCCUUAUUCUUCUAACAAGACUUAUCUCUUAGAAUAUUUUUUAAAAUAUGAUAUUUAGCAUAGUCUUAUUAGCUGGGAAACAUUAAACAGUUUCGUACACAAUCCUAAAAGCAGUAAAUCAGCUUCUUGGUAGUUUUUGAUAAAGAACAGCUAAAAUUAUUUCUAAACAUGGGGUGUAUCUGAAGAGAAUGCCUUUAUUUGAAUUAGCACUUAAGGUGUAGUUUAGUCUGAUGCUGUGGUUUUAUCUGUUCCUCUUGAGUUUUGGAAGUGAUGAGAUCAGAGUUAAAAGGUAUAUGAAGAGUUACAAGUGAUAAUCUAAGUAAGGGUGCUCUACUUUAUAUCUACAAGUGCAAUAUGCUUUUAUGUAGCAGAGAGAAACUUCUUCAACAAUAAUGUUGCUCGCAGCAAGAUAUGCAUGUGACAGCUUGGGAUAAGAGGUAUCACAGCUGGAGUGCAACAAUAUUUUGUGGCUAGCAGAAUAAAAUCUUUAAAGAGCUGAGUUUAGACAGUCUAAAAUUGUUAGUAUUCAGGAAACCCAUCUUAAGCCUCUCAUGCAUAAAUAGUGUUAUGGAAAUGAAUGGCUACUGUAGAGAAUUAAUUUUUAUAUAUAUAUAUAUAUAUAUUAACAAACACUACUUUUUCUCACUCAGUAACAUCAAGUUAAAAUAUUCAAGUGUAGCAUUUGAGGGAAUAUCAGCAUAAAUCUUGCUUACUGUAAGGCUGCAUUUUUCCUUACCAUACCUGUUAAAAUUCCAUGAUGCCAUAAGGCUUAAGUCCUUUUGUCACAGACAGGUUCUGAACUAAAAGGCAUGUGCACAUGUAGAUAUGCAUAUUUAGGUUAUUUUUCUUAAUUGGCUACCAAAUAAUUUAAUUAGAUCUUGAAAAUUUCUGUAUCAUACAUCAAUUUGUUAAAGAAUGUGCACAGCAUAUGGCACCCAUUUGAGCUUGGCUUGUGACACCGUUGUCACAUUUAUCAUGGGUUUUAAGAGAGAGAAGCAACGUACUCUUCAUGUGUCUGUCAUUUGAGAGCCAGUAUGGCUUAGUGUGUAAAUCUGUAUUUAACUAUGGAAAAAUCCUUUUAGGAGUGUAUAUAGCUUAGAAGUCUUUUUUUUUUUUUUUUUUUUUUCCCCCCUUCUUUCUUAAGCCAUUGAUAGCAAUGAGAUAUUCUUCAGUAAAUGUAUGGAGUGUUUGGUUGCAUAAAGGAGGUUAUUGUUUGGGCUGAAAAUUGUUGCUGGCCCAGGAUUUUCCACUAAAAUGUGCAAAUAUUCCUAAUCAUGCACCGGUUCGGUUUCUUUUUGCUUUUUGAGCUUGCAUUAGUCCAUGUUCAGAACUUUCAAAUAACCUUUGAAUUUUUUAAACUUUUUAUAUCACUGGAACAGAAAGAACAUCUAAAUGAAAGCUUCAAGCUAACUUUAUUUUUCAAGUACUUCAGGAAUUAUACUUCUGAACUGAAAUUUUAUAAGUUGACUUUCUGCUGAGAACUUACAUGAACUUCUUAAAAUGUAAUUUUAUAAUGAUGCAAACAGAUUGUUAAUUGCAGCAUAAUGACAAUUACAAUAUAAACUAAUGCAAAAAUUAUUUAAAUAGUGAAAAAGUGAACUUUGUAUUCUGUACAGCUUUUUUAAAUUAAGUUGCUGUAAUUCACACUGCUGUGAUGUAGAUACUGUAAUGUGUGCCUUGUAAAAUAUAUGUACUGUAUGUUAUAUGGAGAAACAGAUACAUUAACACUGAAAACCUAGUAAUUUGGUACUGGUUGGUAUUAAUCUGAAGUGCAAUGUUUAGCAAACAAUUUUGGAAAAGGAAUUCAUUGGCAUGGACAUGUCAAUGAGUUGCAGAAGCUAGACCUUGAAAAUGUGAAUUACUGCAAACAGCUGUUGGCGGGGGGCAUUAGAACAAAUUAACUUUCUUGUGUUAAGUGAACAUUUCUUACAGGUUUAAUGUGAAAUUGUAAUUUAAACAUUAGAGAUCAUAUUAAUAGCUAAGAACAUUCCACUAUAUUAAACUUUGUGUAUGAAUUGUGCAAUAAAGUUACUUUGGAAGAAA